ACCUUCCUCUCUCGACCAGACAGUGCAUGCCGCAGCCCAUCCGUCCGUCUGUGACCCUCCUCUGAGUGAUACCGACGGGCACGCACAGUAACUUCUUUCCGCUGACGCACCAUGCUGAUCGCGGCACCCUUACUUCUGGCACUGCUGGUGGGCGUGUGCGAGUGUAGUACAGUAACAUACAUUGACCUGGGCCAUGCUGUCGACGAGAACUCUAUGCAUUGGGUGAACUUAAAGCCGUUCACCCGAGAGGUCCUGCACAGAGGGUAUUUCGAGCAUGGGGACUACUGGCUUGAAUCGUACAGUUUCUGCACGCCGGAGCACCUGAGCACCCAUCUGGACGCCCCCUCACACUACGCGGAGGGCAAAUGGUCGGUGGCAGACAUCCCGCUGGAGCGUCUCAUCGGGAAAGGCGUCGUGGUGGACAUCCGGCAUAAGGUGAGGGAUGACCCUACGGCCGAGCUCAUGGCUGACGACCUGAUGGCGUGGAUGGACGAGUACGGGCCGCUACCUGACGGGGCGGUUGUCUUCGUCCUCACGGGUUGGGGCCAGAGAUACGGGAACAAGACUGCCUAUUAUGGCAACGACAAUAAUAACUCCACCAACCUGAUCUUCCCAGGUAUUAACCCGGGCGCGGCACAGCUCUUGGCGGGGUAUGAGCAUGCUUCUGGGCGGCGGGUGUUCGGCGUGGGCAUCGACACUGCCUCCCUCGACCACGGACCGUCCAAGACCUUUAAGACACACAUCGAUCUCUCAAAAGAAAACAUUUACGGCCUCGAAAACGUGGCUAAUCUGGAGAAACUUCCAACCAAGGACUUCGAGGUGAUUGUGAUGCCCAUCAAGCUAACGGGCGGCAGCGGGGGCCCAACCCGCCUGGUGGCAAGGAUUCCAGCUCUCUACAGUGCCGCGAUGGCCUUCUACCGGCCCGCCAGCCACUACCUGCUGCUUCUCUUAGCGACGUUUACCAUUUUAAUACUACUGUAAUUACUGCGUUGAGUUUAUUUUGAUUUUGUUUUUUGACAACGCUUUAUGCAUUGGCUUACUUUAUGCGAAGAGGAACCAUAGAUUAUAGCACAUCGUAUUUACAUGUGGGACAAGAACACAGGUUGAUUGCGUUCAGCCUGCCUUCUUGCCGCUACCUCCUGCUUCUCUUAGCGAUGUGUGUUCAGUUGUGAUUAAUGUUUCGUUGGAUUUUGUUUGAUAUAUAUUUUUACAGUGAAAUAUUUGUCUUAGGAGAAGACAAGUACGUCAAAGUCGUGUGCGGGGCAGCUCACCAGAAGGGACUUUUUAGGUUCGAAACUCACUGUUGAUUGAAGUGAUUAGAACAAGUUGUCUUCUGAUACACAUCAAUACUUGGGUGCAUUUAUGGCUGCCAAAUCACAAAACGGGAGUCAGAAUGAGAAGAUCCGGAUAUUGACAGACACCAGACAAGUACAAUUACAAGACUUGCAUCGAUGCUCACCUAACUACCUUCCGAUCUGCCCUAAAUAAGCCUAGCAAAAACUUUACUCUGCCACUUCAUAACAGGAGUGGCAGAGUCCCUGGAGUGCCAUAUGGAAGAAGCAAACAUACCGUUCAACAUUUCUUAGCAGGGAUGACUUCAUGUAAGCUCAGGGCAGUGACCCACGUCAGGGUGGAGGCUGGAGAGUGUAUGUACUGUAACCUCCUUUGUCUACGUUGUGCAUUAUUCGUUUUCUCCUCCGUCGCAGAAGAGAUGGGUCGGUUUUAUUAGUCGUUACGUUUUCAUAUUUCAUACUGCCACCAGGGCCUUGACAGCCUUGGUGUGCUCGUGAGACUUGUGCCAAUUCGAGUAGCUCAUAACGUGUGAGGUAAAAAUAAAGGAAAUGUGCGGACUAACUAAGUACACUUAAACUAUAUAUUUAUGUAAGAAAAUAAGUAGGCUACUCCUCAGUUCUGUAUGUUUGUACAUAUAUAAAGCGUUGUGUCUCGAGAUUGUAUUGACAGCGUCCACCUGUCUUCCAGAUUUGAACAUUAUUAACAAACUGCUCAUAAAGUUGGUAGAGGACCAGCCCAGGUGAGUGGUCGUGUUAUGAUUAUAGCUAGUAAAGAGCCGAGUGGCCUAAGUGAUGUAUAUUACGUGAUGUAUAUUACGUGAUGUAUAUUACGAUUUCGCCAGAGCGCGCCACUGAUCAGUCAUCUUUCCAGUACAGGCUACAUGGUGGAGGCUGUCUCAACAGCCAGUUUAUAAAAAUUUAGCCGUAAGAUUUUUUUAAGGAAGAGAAACAAACUAUUACACCUCA